CACGUGAUUCCCUACCGUGAGAAAGUAUGCAACCUUUUUGCAAAAAAGCUAGACAUGAAUUUAGUAAGAGCAGGCAUCCAAAUUUUGAUCGAGUGCACAGGCAGCUUGUAAGACAUAAAGUUCCGAUAUGCGAGGCUUUAGAACAAUUAAGUUCUGACUGGAUAUUUUUCUGUUUUGUCAAAAUUUUAUAUUGCAAUGUUUACCAGUCGCGUAAAUUUUCUGAAGCUUAUUGCGAAACGAUGAGGAAUUAUCAGGAAGAUGACGUUGGCAAACGGAGUGUGGUAUGGACACCAGACUUAUUUGAUGUAAAAUUAGUCAAAAUGUUUCUGGAUCUGGAUGGGAAUAUUGAUAACGAAAUAUUAGAUAAACAUAUUUGUCUUCAUUUGAAAAACUUGCAACAUUUUUGGACAACAUUUCAGAUAUAAACAAAAUUCUAGAAGAGCAACAAGAUGACAUUACAUUGACAGAUGAACAAUGGACUGCCAUAUUUGGAACGCAUGUGUUGAGAAAGCUAGCAGUUUAUAAUGAAAUGAAAAUAGAUUCAGGCUACGCUGACUUGCUAGUAAAUAUGGAAUGUCCUUGUGGAUGUAAUACUCCAAUAAAUGUUGGUGACAACAGCAUUGGUCAUAAGGAGGUUUGGAAUGGUAUUGUUGACAUAAUGCUUGGACCUUUAGCAGUUUCUGGUGCUAAAUCAAAAGUUGAGGACAAAGUUUUAGAGGACAGUAACACUGUGUGUGAACUUGAUACAAGUGGGAAACUUGAAGAGGCAAAACACCAGUUGAUUUCAGAAACUAUAACAUUUGCUUUUACAAUGCAGAGUGUUGUUCCAUUACUUGGAAUUUCAAAAGAAAACUUUCGAGUAUAUAUGUAUGACCCAGAUGAAGACUUACUAUAUGAAUCAACAACUAUACCAUUAUUUGUGUUUCCAGUAGAAGGGAGACAACUUCACAUAACAUCUAUAAUUGCCCUUUGGAUGAUAGUAAAUUUUGAUCAUUUCUUUACAGGUGUGAAAUGUAACCAGAUAGAGUUUGGUUACAAGGCGGAUUUAAACAAAUUUCUUGAUGAAUACCAUUGUGACAUUUAUAAACAUCAUCUUAGAAUUGGUGGUUUAAGGCAUGUUAAAAGUAAACAUAGUAAGGAAGCUCACGCUGGAAUGAAUAUGGGAAAGUUUAACAGACUUAUAUCAUCAUGAUCCAGAGCAGAAGAUGAGUCUAAAGUUGUGAAAUUGUGGAUUAAUGGUUUAGGCCAUUUCGGAAAUAACUUAUAAAUUACAAUUUUUUUAGAAAUCAUCUGUCUCAUCUUAGUCUGACAUUAUAAGAAAAAUCCGGUACAUUGUCGCAUGUUCUGUGUGGACUUACCGGUAUGUAGGAAAAUUUAAUCACUGUAUUUUUUGUCUUGACAACUUCCCAAAACUAAU